AUGGCCGCCCCAGAAAGGGUGCGGACCUACGUCGAGCCGACGACUACAGUUCCGCUCGUGCCGGCGUCGUCACGGUCGGACUCCCCAAGCAGCUAUGUGGCCACGCAUGCCACUCUCACGCAGCCGGCCACACGUGUUACUGCACCUCUGCCUGCCACAGUGACAGCUUCAGUCGUUUCUCCUGGAAGGGCAGGGUACUAUGGAGACACAAGCUACAUAUCGCCAGCUUUGCGAUCUUGGGUAGAGUGUCUGGUGGAUAACCGGGUGGAUCAAGCCAUGAGGCUGCUACAGGACGGGGAGAUUGGGCAGUUUCUUGAGCAGGCGCGACAGGAGACCCAUCUGGCUUCACAGAAUGCCAGCCGAGGCAUCCAGCAAGCGGAUGAGGCACGGCGAAAGCUUGAGAGCCAAGUCCGUGGUCUUGCAGAAGGCCAAUCCAGGCUUUUGGCAAUUGUGGAAAACCUAUCCGGGGAUACAGACCGCCAGUUUUCUUCCAGCAGCCAGGCCAAGGCUGAAGCCUUGGCGACUGUAGAGCGGGUUGUCUCGACAGUUAACGAGCUGAGAUUGACUGUUGAACAAGAUGGAGAUGUUGUCGCCAACCGACUUAGGGAGCAUGGCCUUGCCAUCGACGACAUUCGCAGAUCUGUGGCAGAGGACUUUGCGCGCCUGCGCGCCGCAUGGUCAGAGCUGCAGAAGCAGUCAGCCGAUGCUAUCUCCCGGCAGCGCCAAAGUGGAGAUGACAUUGCGGCGACAGCUGCAUCAGUGGAUGCGACACGCCAUGAGCUGGCUGAGCUUGCACGACUUGUCCAGAGUCUUGACAGGAAGCUUUCCAGCUGGAAGAGCGAGGUUAAAGUCGAGGUACUUGAGGAAGUGUCAGCGUCAUCUGCAAUAAACGAGGCAGAUAAACUGAAACUGGACUCAUUACAUCGAGAACUCGCACAGAUGGCCUCGGCCCGGAUUGACCUCGAGUCCCAGAUCGAACGGCUUAAGGUUGAAAUGGCAACCCUGGCCAAGCCAGAGCUGGAGAGUCGUGUCCGAGACAUGCAGCACACGCUGUCAAGGCGGCUGGAUGACGUGGAAUCAUCCUGCGAGCACCUGCGUUCAGAGAUGUCUGCAGCCAUGGGCACACGGGUAGAAAAUUUGGAUGCCCGUCUACAAGAGGCCCACCAGGGCUUAUCUCGUCGCUUCGAUGCGCUUCAAGUUGCUGCUGCUGAAGAUGUGGAGUCAGCUCGACUCGAGAUCAAAAAGCUCUCUACGCUUGUGAAGCGCGUUGAGGAUAAACAGGCAUCACUCCUAGAAGAAGUAUCUGGUGAAGUUCGUGCAUCUGCAGUUGCCUUACGAGAUGAAGGAGCUUCCAGCAGUUCGGAAUUGUCGAGAAAGCUGGCAGACAUGGGAAGUCGGCUUGACCAAAUGGAAGUUGAGCAAACGUCUGCCCGUGCUACCCGCGAAAUGUUCGAGUAUAGAAUGCGUGAUGCCACGACCGAGACCAAGCAGAGCGUUGAUGUUCUGCAGAGUGAACUGAAUGGCUUGAGCCAAAAGCUUAGCUCAGAAGUGACAGAGUGGAGAGAGCGUCUCCGCGAAGAGCUGCUUGCAAGCCAGCGCAAGCUGACGGGGGAAGUGCGAGAAGCCCGAUCCUUGUUCAAAGAAGAGCAGAAUGCAAUAGCUGCGCUCGAUGAACAGCUCUGGCUCACAGAUCAGCGCCUUGGGCAGCGGAUUGAUGAAAUCCUGCAAGCGACGCAACGAGGAAACCGCUUGGCGGCUGCCAUGGCAGACGAGGCGGUUGCAAGUCAGGCCAUGGCCAGGGCGGAACCUGUUGCCAUGGAAGCUGCUGCGGAGGCUUUUGCAGCAAAUGCGUCGCCCACCGACGGGGACUAUGUGGAAGCGCCAAUAGGCCAUGCACGCGGGUCUUUGGCCAUGGCACGUCAGGCAGAUUCUCUGCAGUGCCUCUUUCUCUGGUUAAGGACAUCCAGAUGUGUUUUUGGGGGCUUCGCGUGUUUUGAUGCUGACAGGCAGCCGAAACUCUGGCAACUCGGGGCAGCCUGA